UCCCUUCCUGCAGCCUUCCCUCCCCCUCCCCGCCGCCCCCUCCCCUCCGGGGCUCCUGGGAGCGCCUCCGCGGCUCCGGGGAGGGGACGUUUCCUAAUCUCAGGCCGGGGUUAAAGUUCUGGUCCGGGUGAGAUGCUGGAAGCUGUGGCCGCAGCCGCAACCCGUCCCGGAGGUGUCCUGUCGCCUGUCUCCGCCGCCACCACCCCUGCUACCGCUACCGCUGCCACUGCCGCCCUGCUGGGGCCAUGUUCGCUCUGGGCUUGCCCUUCUUGGUGCUCUGGGUGGCCUCGGUCGAGAGCCAUCUGGGGGUUUUGGGGCCCAAGAACGUCUCGCAGAAAGACGCAGAGUUUGAGCACACCUACGUGGAUGAAGUCAACAGCGAGCUGGUCAACAUCUACACCUUCAACCAUACUGUGACUCGCAACCGGACCGAAGGCGUGCGUGUGUCCGUGAACGUCCUGAACAAGCAGAAGGGGGCGCCUUUGCUGUUUGUGGUCCGCCAGAAGGAGGCUGUGGUGUCCUUCCAGGUGCCCCUAAUCCUGCGAGGGCUGUAUCAGCGCAAAUAUCUCUACCAAAAGGUGGAACGAACACUAUGUCAGCCCCCUACGAAGAAUGAGUCUGAGGUCCAGUUCUUCUACGUGGAUGUGUCCACCCUCUCACCAGUCAACACCACAUAUCAGCUCCGGGUCAGCCGAAUGGAUGACUUUGUGCUCAGGACUGGGGAACAGUUUACCUUCAAUACCACUGCAGCCCAACCCCAGUACUUCAAGUAUGAGUUUCCUGAGGGAGUAGACUCUGUGAUUGUCAAGGUGACGUCCAACAAGGCCUUUCCCUGCUCAGUCAUCUCCAUCCAGGAUGUCCUGUGCCCUGUGUAUGACCUGGACAACAAUGUCGCCUUCAUCGGCAUGUACCAGACUAUGACCAAGAAAGCAGCCAUCACUGUGCAGCGCAAAGACUUCCCCAGCAACAGCUUUUACGUGGUAGUAGUGGUGAAGACUGAAGACCAGGCCUGUGGGGGUUCCUUGCCUUUCUACCCCUUUGUAGAAGAUGAGCCAGUCGAUCAAGGGCACCGCCAGAAAACCCUGUCAGUGCUGGUAUCUCAAGCAGUCACAUCCGAGGCCUAUGUUGGUGGGAUGCUCUUCUGUCUGGGCAUAUUUCUCUCCUUUUACCUAUUGACCGUCCUUCUGGCCUGUUGGGAGAACUGGAGGCAGAAGAAGAAGACUCUGUUGGUGGCCAUAGACCGAGUCUGCCCAGAAAGUGGGCACCCUCGGGUCCUGGCUGAUUCCUUUCCUGGCAGCUCCUCCUAUGAGGGUUACAACUAUGGCUCCUUUGAAAAUGGUUCCGGAUCUACUGAUGGUUUGGUUGACAGUGCCGGUACUGGGGACCCCUCUUAUGGUUACCAGGACCGCCCCUUUGAUCCAGUGGGCCCUCGACCACGACUGGACUCUAUGAGUUCCGUGGAGGAGGAUGACUAUGACACACUGACCGACAUCGAUUCAGACAAGAAUGUCAUUCGCACCAAGCAAUACCUCUAUGUGGCUGACUUGGCACGGAAGGACAAGCGUGUUCUUCGAAAGAAGUACCAGAUCUACUUCUGGAACAUCGCCACCAUUGCUGUCUUCUACGCCCUUCCUGUGGUGCAGCUGGUGAUCACCUACCAGACGGUGGUGAAUGUCACUGGGAAUCAGGACAUCUGCUACUACAACUUCCUGUGUGCCCACCCACUGGGAAACCUCAGCGCCUUCAACAACAUCCUUAGCAACCUGGGGUACAUCCUGCUGGGGCUGCUCUUCCUGCUCAUCAUCCUGCAGCGGGAGAUCAACCACAACAGGGCCCUGCUGCGCAAUGACCUUUAUGCCCUGGAAUGUGGGAUCCCCAAACACUUUGGUCUGUUCUAUGCCAUGGGCACUGCGCUGAUGAUGGAGGGGCUGCUGAGUGCUUGCUAUCACGUCUGCCCCAACUACACCAAUUUCCAGUUUGAUACGUCAUUCAUGUACAUGAUUGCUGGGCUCUGCAUGCUGAAGCUCUAUCAGAAGCGGCACCCAGACAUCAACGCCAGCGCCUACAGCGCCUACGCCUGCUUGGCCAUUGUCAUCUUCUUCUCUGUGUUGGGCGUGGUCUUUGGCAAAGGGAACACGGUGUUCUGGAUUGUCUUUUCUGUCAUUCACAUCAUCGCCACCCUGCUCCUCAGCACACAGCUCUAUUACAUGGGCCGCUGGAAGCUGGACUCGGGGAUCUUCCGCCGCAUCCUCCACGUGCUCUACACGGACUGCAUCCGGCAGUGCAGCGGGCCCCUCUAUGUGGACCGCAUGGUGCUGCUGGUCAUGGGCAACAUUAUCAACUGGUCGCUGGCUGCCUAUGGGCUCAUCAUGCGCCCCAAUGAUUUUGCCUCCUAUUUAUUGGCCAUCGGUAUCUGCAACCUGCUGCUUUACUUUGCCUUCUACAUUAUUAUGAAGCUCCGGAGCGGAGAGAGGAUCAAGCUCAUCCCCCUGCUCUGCAUCGUCUGUACCUCUGUGGUCUGGGGCUUUGCACUCUUCUUCUUCUUCCAGGGACUCAGCACCUGGCAGAAAACCCCUGCAGAGUCAAGGGAGCACAACCGGGACUGCAUCCUCCUCGACUUCUUUGAUGACCAUGACAUCUGGCACUUCUUAUCCUCCAUUGCCAUGUUUGGGUCCUUCCUGGUGUUGCUGACACUGGAUGACGACCUGGAUACUGUGCAGCGGGACAAGAUCUAUGUCUUCUAGCAGGAGCCAGACCCUUCGCUUCACCUCAUGGGGCUCUGAGCUCCUCUGUCACCUGCCAGGUGCUUCUGUAGCUCUGGAGGUGUGAGUCCCAGGCCUGCUGCCCAGCACUGGGUGGCAGCGGGACGGCAAGGUCUAGUCCAGACCUAACUUGGGACAGUCACAGGGUGGCAUGGGCCUCACAGCUACCCUCUGCAAGGGAGGAGGCCUGCUUCCUGAUACCCCAGACAUUGGCCAAACUGCUGCUUUCUUCUCAGUGUUGGGGCUUUCUGUGGUCCCAUCCCUUGGCUCUUUGUCCCUCUUCAGGAGGAAGGAGAGAAGGCAAUGCCCUCCCCAUUUCAUGCCUUCCAUUCUGCCCAUCCUUCUCCUCCCCCUCAGCCUGGGACCCAAAGCCCUUUCUUCCUCCCAUGCUCCUGCUCCAGGGCCCUGGACUGGGGCCUGAUUCUCUGCCCUGUCCCAGGAUCACAGUUCUCUGGGACUGUUCCUGGCUGCCAUCACUGCCCAGGAUGGAUAUGGCUGUGGGAUUUCAGGGGUUGGCUGGUUGGUGCCAGGCUUUUGGUGCUAAGGCCUGCAAGGGGCCCAGGGCAGGACCCUCCUCCCUCGACCUGCACUCGGGCUGACUCUUUAGCAAUGAGAGUCAGCUCAAUUUGAGAGCUGCCUCUUGUCUGAAGGGCUGGAUUCAGAUGUUACCCUCUCAUCCCAUGAGUGCUCAGACUGAUGCCAGCACCAGGAUUGGAAGGAAAAGUAACUCACCCGUCCGUCCCUUUCUGUAUUUCUAUGCCCUCGGUCCUGCCAAGCCCCAGCUGGGGCCUUUCAGUGCCAUUGACACUGCCCAAGAAUGUCCAGGGGCAAUGAAGGGAUGGUGCAGAGCCCAACCUUCACCAUGGCCACAAGAGUCCCAGUGCCUAAUUUAGAAAGAAAGGGACAUGCCAUUGUCCUUUAUGUCCCCAGGCUCAGCCUCACGCUAGGACCCAGUUUCCGUUUCCCAGUUUUUUGGCUUCUGAGUUUCCGUCCAGGCUCCAGCCAAUUUCUUUUUUGGUUACACACACACACACACACACACACACACACACACACACCUUGGAGUUUACAUGGAGAUGCCCCCAGCUCUGGGCCUCCUGGCCACUCCAGUCCUUGGCUUCCCUUCACCUCACCUGGUCCAUUCCAGAUGCCAAGGACAGGGGCCAUCAGGUCAGACCUCUGCCUCGGGGGUGGGAAUGUGCAUUAUUCUCCCCAAGUUGUUUUUAUAGCUCUGCUUGGGCUGGGGAGAGGAGAUGGGUCUGGGUCUUUUGUUUCAGAGCCCUGGUUUGUCUUUCCAUGCUACGGUUGUGUUUGUGUUUUCUAUGAAUGAGUGCAUUCAAUAAAGAGACAACCAGAUGCAG